AUGCUACAGGAAAAGCUAAAGCUCUCUGAAAAAACUUCCGUUACUCCAACAGAAAAACUCUCGGUCAAACUCAACUUUCUCCGAAAACCACUUCCAGUCAACCAAAUCAACAUCACUGAAGAAAUGAUAAAAGUCCUCAAAUCUGAUUUGGAGUCAAAAGCUUCUGCGAAACUCUUUAGCUCUGGCGUUUCUUUUCGAAAACUGGCAAAUGUCGUUUCUUCUGGCGCUAGAAUGUCGCAUCUAAAUCGAAUUCUGAAAAGUAAGGAUUUCGGGGCGGAGUAUGCGAAGAAGAUGCUGAAAAGAACUAAAUGUCUUUCGAAAGACGUGACUUUGGCGGCGAAAGUGAUGAUUGGAAAAGGCUUCUUCGAGCAAGUCAAAAACAUCGACGACCCGGUUUUCCUCGGUCAAGCGAUUCUAGCGCUACGAAAAGAAACUUUUGCAACAGCUUUGGAUUCUCGAUCGACCCCAGCGCUGACCGAAGUUCUUUUCCGCGGCCCUUUGAUGACUAAGCUUUUCGAAAUUCUUGUCGAUUCUGGGGGAGAAAUGCGAAAAUCAUUGGAACUCAUCAAAAUCAUCCCAUUUGACCUUGCGAGAAAAUUGGUGAAGGCUUCGAAAAUCUUCUCGAACAAGUUGCCAGAAACAGCUGUGAAACGAUCAACCGAGAAUGUCGAGUUCAGGGAGAAUUUUUUUGAUUUUAUGACUUUGAUCAAGGAAGAAUACAUCACCCCUUCAUUGCUUUCCAACCUCAAUUUCAUCCUCUCCAGCUUGAUUUCGGGCAAAACGAUGGCUCGACUUUUGGACGUUGGAUUGAACAUUUCCGAAGCAACUCAUGAUCCACGAUAUCUUUACGCAGUGAAUAUUCUUCUGAAAAACUCGAUUUCGCCCGAAGAAACCAUCAUUCUGAUGGAAGCAAAAGAAACGCUAAAUCGGCUCAUUUCCGCGGACGAAAAACUCAUCGCUUCGAUCCACCAGCUUCUUUAUGAUCAAUCUCUUACCGCUUCCGAAGUCAGUAUGUUUCUCAAGAAUUCAGACGAGCGCUGCCGUUUACGAGAAGUCCUCGUUGAUUCCACUUCCCAAUCGACCCUGGCGAAGCUUCUUCAAAACGGGUUAUCUCCCUCGAUCAUUGGCAAAUUCAUGUCUGAAACAUCCCUCUCAAUUUCGGAAAAAGGCAAUUCGCCCAGCGACCUGAUCGAAAUCGUCAACAACCCGCUUCCAAUUUUCAACCUUCUUGAUGACAAAGAAUCGUUCGAUUUUGAAGAUGAAUCGGGCGCUGAAAAGCCUCUUCUUCAUCCGACCUUCUUCUCGCCGUUGAUUUACUUCAAACUCGAGCCGGAAAAGAGCUUUUUCACAACGCUUGAAAACGCGUUUCGUAUUUUUGUUCCGCUGAACUCGGUUUCAGAGAAGAGUUACUUGACAAUAAGCUGUCCUCGCGCUGGAAAAAUCAACUGGCAGAACGACUCGAUCCCCCUUAUCUCCCCUCCUUUAUUCAUCAAUAUCUCCAAGUCAAACCAUUUCUCCUCCUCCCGAAAAAUCACUGUUCUCUACCCAAUCAGUCGAAAAAGCAACACGGAUUUCCACCGCCCUCAGUUUUUCCGAAUCGACGCAAAUUCAAAUGUAAAACUUGACACAACCAUUCUCACGGGGCGACAAACAAAGCCGAAUUCUUCCGACGUUGGGGAGGGAAACAAGCAGCUUUUCUGCGCGACUGAUGUUGAGCCUGGCUGGACGGUUGUUCUAGCGCUUAUUCCGCACAUCAAUCAUUCCUUGUUCUUGACUGGGAAGGAGAAAGCAGCGCUGACGAAAGAAGUGUCGCUGACUGUAGCGCCGGAGCUGACAGAAGACAAGCCGCUAGAACUCGUCUCCAAACUCAUCCCCCUCCCUCUCGAAAGCACCCUCAAGCACUUGAAGAAAAACCACCAUUUGGACUUGAAAUGGAUCAGUCCAAUCAUCCAAUUCACAAACGCUCGAAGAAUCGCGUUCCCGAUUUCUCUCGAAUUCAAGAAAUCAACAACGAGAGCGUCGAAAAUCAACGUUCUUCAGAAAAUUCCAAACGGAGCGGACUGGGCUCAGCAGGAGGCGAAAAUUCAGAGAAGUGAUGAGAGAUUUAUUGUUCAAACAAAAACGAUUUCGCAUUUGAUGAUAGUAGUUGCGAGUAUGGAGCUGGAAAAGACGAUUCUAGAGGGCGUCCCAAGCUUGGUUCUUGGCUUCUCGCAGACGCAAAAUGUCGGAUUUGAAAUCUUUCAGAAGAAAAACCAGAAUAACAUCCUCAAGCUCAAAUACUCCACCUCCGAUUCUUCCGACUCCUCCGACUCCUGGAAAACGCUUGGCAAGACAAAAACACGCAUCAAGAACAACUCCAAAUUCAAUCUUCUCGCCGGCAAAUUUACUUUUUCUUCCGCCGCCGCUCUUUCUCAGCAAGUUUUUGCAUCAAUUUAUCCUUCGGUUGAAGAGACAUUUAUGAUCCCAAAGCCGAUGAUCGAAAAAUUGCAAAUAAAACUUGGCUCGAUGCAGUUAAAAGUUGGCAACGAGAUUCUGAACGUGGAUGUUUCUGUUGCGGAAAAUGAAGAAGAAGAAGCGAUUGUUCAUCCGGAAAGCCUGAUAAUUUAUUUUACCGAGAAAAUUUCAAGCUUGAUUCCGAGUUUUUACGCUUCAAGACUUGCUGAAUAUCUCGAUAUUUCAAGAGCCGAGGCUGAGUUUUACUUGGAACGAAAUGAUCAUGAAAAUCGAGCUGCGAAAAUGAUCGUCUCUUCCUUUUUGAAAACAUGCAAAAUGGAUGAAGCUUUUGAAAAACUUGAAAUUGCGCUUGUAAAAUUACAGCUUCAUCAACUUGCGCAAAUGGUUCAUGAAGAUCGUCUUCACGCGAAUUGGACGAAGAUGAGCACGACCAGUCUUUUCUGA